GAGGGUUAGAGCGAGUGGGAGGGAGAGAGAGGGGAGAGUAGGACUCCACACAGGCAAACCAACUCCAGCUCGCCUGCAGCAAACACGCUCUCUGCACACUCCACCGGCUGAGGAUCCUUCUCCUCAAUCUGAACGUCUGCAGGCUGCUUUAUAGCUGCACAACCUGCCUCAGGGAGCGAAAGAAUUGAGAGCAACAUGUGACGGUCCGAGAGCUACUGACGACAGCAUGCUUCGCCUCCACCGGACCUUGGCUCUCCUCCUUUGGUAUUUUUUGCUCCUACAUAGGCGAGCGUUGACUGAUGAAGACGCCCAGUGGGGGCCCACAACAUCUACUGAAAAAUCACCUGAGAAGAAGUCUAGUUAUUCUUGGUGGAGGCCACCCAUUAAGUUCUCCCUGCCUUUUAGCAUUCCUUUUUAUGGAAGCUCAGAAAUAAAAGACGAGGACACCGUCUUCACUACAACUGUCAAAGGACUGACGGAACCAAGCAGACAUUUUCUGGAAGACAGCGGAUCAGGAGAUGGGAGCAUUCCUGAAGGAUCCCAACCACCCACCACACUAGCUCAAGAGCUCCUAACCAGCGUGACGGAGAUACGAACCGAAUCACUUCCCCAAGGGACAUCGGAUUGGCCACACAGCAGCACAGUGCAAAGCAACAAUGAUGCUCUUGUUUCUCCCACAAGUAGCUUUAUCACAAACACUCUGUUGGCCAGCAGUCCCACCAGCAGUGACACUCCUAAACAAAAUGCCACACAUACCCACCUACCAUGGGGCACCACAGAAGAGGCUCAACCUACUAUGGAUGUCACAACACAAAAUCCCUCAACUAAACAAAGCGAUUCUGCAGUGGAUGAUAAUUUUUCUGAGAAGAGUUCCUCAACAAUACCGACAACAACCACUGCUCUGACGUGGCAUACGACAACACCUGACCCAAGAGAGGUGACGACCACACCAGCUAACAAACUAUUCCUUGGGUCCGUUGCUCCUUCCACACCGAAGGGCUCAACUAUAAGCAAUUCCCUUCCCUCAGUAGAGGCCACAGAGUCCACUCAAAGCCAGACUGAACUGAUCAUCUCAAAAACCAGUAUGGGCUACCACGAAGAACAUCCUGAAAGAACCUCUACUAUAUUUUGGAUUGAUCUCCAGCAAGCCAUCAAAUCUACUGUAACAACCACUACUGAGACCCGCAGAGUAACAUUUCCAAUGACACAAGAGCUGCCAAGAACGGAGAUCAAGGAGGAAGAGGAAGGUGCGUCUCCUUCAUCUUCAACUUUGGCAGACGAAUCUACAGCAUCCACAACGCAGCUAACAGUAUCCCUGCCGAGGAGCACAGGGAAUCCUUUGGAAACUCCUUCUACUCUUCCGUAUACCGAAGACUGGAUGUCCGCUCCUGCUAAAACUGACUUCACCUUGCUUCCAGACUGCAACAAAGAGUUCUCUGGAAUCUGUAACGGUUCUUCAACUGGGAAUAUUACAGCCUCAGUGGACAUGAAGCCCACACAGAACACCUCUGCUAUAAACCAGUCAAACAAUCCUCUUCUUCUGCCAGCUCCACCCAUGUUGGUGCCUCUGUAUACGGACUGGAACAGUGCCAUGGCAGCCUGGGGUCUGGCCUGGGAGGCGCACAUCUAUGGCACUGGGUGUGUUUUUGCGUUGUUGACCCUUGCCUCUGCCCUCAAUUUGCUCUGCUUGCCAUUGCGGUGUCCAUCUGGAUGUGGCUACUUCACUCUGGUCAGCCUGUUCCUCCUAGCUGCAGGUAGCAUCCGGUCGUUCUCGCUAUUGUACGAUGCGUACGGCUAUCAAGAUCGCAUUAGCUCCACCGAGGCCUCGCUGAUGCUCUACGAAGCGCCUUUUCCAUGUCUCACUGCCGCGUUUGGGUUGGUUUUUCUCCUUCUUUCGAUGCGUUCAAGAAUGCAGCUCUCCUACUCUGCCUUCCAGAGACCAUGCUUCCUGGCCUGUCUGGUUGUGUUGCACUUUGCUGCUGCGUUUGGUCCAGCCACGUUGCUGAAUUUCUACCAGCAAAAGCCUCACUUGUGCCUCUUUCUGUCGCUCAUCUCCCGUGGAGCCUUUGUGGCGCUGGCAACCUUUCUAUCUGCUGCCUACUUUGUUUUCUACAUCUACGUCAGGGCAGACUCGAAGCACAUCUACCACCUGAACAACACAUCUCCUACUCCUGCCGAGCGCUACAACCGCUGCCCCUUCGCCGACAGCCGGGACUGGAACCGUGCAGCUAUCAUGGUUUGUCUUUCAGCGUUGUUUUCUUUAGCGUGUGCGGGCCUUCAGCUGUACGCAAUGCUCAAUGCAAUGGGUGUUGCUGGUGGGAAGGAGGUCUUCCAUCCUUGGCCUUGGUGGGCUUUUCAGUUUAGCUGCAGAGUUUGUGAGCUUGGGGUGUGCCUCACCUUAGCCUUUGUGGUUGCGCAACCCAUCUAUUGUUCUGACCAGCUUCCGGGGGCUGGAAGCUGCUGGACUGAACUGCUGUCAUCAAAGUCUCCCAUUCUUCCAGGGAGCUACCAAUGGACUUUGACCCAACAUGAGAAGCUAGCCAUCGUUGACACUGUGGGGCUUACAGAGACGGAAAGCCUGCCUCUGUACACUCUGAUGGACGAAAGGCUCGGCAGUAGCCUAAAUGGGCUGGAUCUCCUCUACCACAGUAACCGGGCCUUGGCGUACAGAGACCUGGAGAUGAGUAUGGACUUAAGGAGCUCAGAGAAACCUGAGGAUGUGGGCGGUAGGGAGCUUUCAGGUGGAUCUUCUUUUACUAGUGACUCUACCACCGACUUGCGGCCACCUUCGCCUAUAAACCUGCGCCGCAGCAUUGAUGAAGCACUCUUCAGUGAGGCCUUAUUUCCAAUGAGCCUCUUCAGUCCUGCAAGGCCUUUUCGCUGCAGCGACAUAUCUGGAAACAACCACUGGACACUUCCAAGCAGAGACCCUCCUUCGGCCGACCCAGGUCUCUAUCGAACCUCGUCCUGCUUGGAGAUGGCCUCUCAGCCCCAAGGUGACGCCCCUUCCAAGUGCUCAUCCUCCUGCUCUUCAUCCCCUGAACGUUGGAGAGGCAGCUCCUCCUCCUGUUCCCUCUACAGAGCCUCUCUGGGAGGCUCCUCUCUGGUCCUUUGUCCUAGCCCAGGGCGACACAGAAAGCUCCUUCUCGAGGAGGAGGGCGCGGACCUCCUGACCUCCUCCGACCCACAAAGACAGUACCAAACUCUGGGGUCGGCCUCACAGGAGAGCCUAAACCCGUCAGCUGCAGCAGAUCAAUCCGUGCAGGAAGAAUUCAUCAGUGUUUGCAGACAAAUCGAUGCCUCCAGCAUCUGCAGCGAGACCAUUGAUUUAUAACGGAGGCUGAUGAAGGAUCGUUUGGAGGGUCUGAGCGUCUCCUCUGUGUACCCAUUUAACUGGAUUCUUACAGUAUUGCAUGUCAGCUUUACGUACACCAUGAAGGACUUGUGGCUGCCAAAACAUUUAUGGACGUUUUGCUAAGAUUUUUGUUUGGUUAGUUGAGAUCACCAAGAAUUUAAGUGCCAAGACUGUCAAAAGCCAAGAGGUAAUUUGUACAUUUUGUGUCUUUAUUACGAUCUGAUACGUGGUGAUAACAAGAAUUGGUUUGUGUAUGUGUUAUUGCUUUCCAACAUUCAAGUAGAUCGUACUGUGAUCGAGUUAAGUAAUUAAAUACUACUGAGGUUAUACAUUUCUAAAUGAAUCAUUACAUCCUGUUUUGGUUGAAUCAGCUAAAACCUCCCAAGAAGAAGAGCUUCUAAGUUCAUCAAACAGUGCCCUCUACUGGUAAAAGCACGCAUUACUCCUCAAAGGCUUCAUUAAUGCAUUUGUUAUGACUGGAAUUCUAAUUUAUUUAUGUUUCAUAUGAAUACAUUGUUUAAAUAAAAGUCUUUUAUAAUA